AAUUUUCCCAAUUGCAAAGCUCCAGCUCAGACUACAGUCACCCCCGACCCGACUCUACGAUGUCGUAUUUGCUGCCUCACCUUCACUCCGGCUGGGCCGUCGAUCAGGCGAUCCUGGCGGAGGAGGAGCGCCUCGUCCUCAUCCGCUUCGGACACGAUUGGGACGAGACCUGCAUGCAGAUGGAUGAGGUGCUGGCUUCUGUUGCCGAAACACUAAAGAACUUUGCUGUCAUAUACCUGGUGGAUAUCACAGAGGUCCCUGAUUUCAACACAAUGUACGAGUUGUAUGACCCCUCCACCAUCAUGUUCUUCUUCAGGAACAAGCACAUUAUGAUUGACCUUGGCACUGGAAACAACAACAAGAUCAACUGGGCCAUGAAGGAUAAGCAAGAGUUCAUUGACAUCGUUGAGACUGUCUACCGUGGUGCCAGGAAGGGGCGUGGUCUAGUUAUCGCCCCCAAGGAUUACUCCACCAAAUAUCGUUAUUGAAAAAAUCAUGCUAUCCUCUGUUAUGGUACAUUUGACUUGCAAAUGAAGGUUUGCAGACGCACACCUGUUGCAAGAGACCCGUAUUCUGUUGCGUUGCAUUCGAUGUGAUUAGCUGUGAUAACACAAAUACUGUUUCUGCUAUUGCUGCUCCUUGUUCGCUGGAUUUAUCUAAAAGAUGCUACAUGCCUACAUUAGUAUUUUAUAUAAAUGGGUUUCAUUUGUAACUUGGAAGACGAGCGUCUCAAUUGGUAAGACGUGCACUAAGGUUGAAACUUGAAACUGAUAGAUCCAAUGAUCCACUUUUUAUGCCCUUCCUAAUAUCAUUUUCAUUUUUACCUACUA